GCUCGGCUGGUAUUUUAUUUAUAUAUUUGGGUUGAGAGGAGGUCGGCGCUGAAGACGAGCAGUGGCGGGUACAACACGAGAGAGGGAGAGGGAGAGAGAGAGAUUCAAUUCAAACACCGGAAUUCAGAAACGGAUUCGAAGGCCAUUUGUCCAUGGAGGAAGCGAACGUGCCCGUGGAAGCGGUUCCUGCCGAAGAAAAUGGCGUAGAGGAGGCUACUGACCGCCUUGCCGCGCUGCAAACUGAUGCCAACGACGGAAAGGAUAAUGGAGAGGUCGCCAAGAAGAAAAAGAGAAAGAACAAAAGCAAGAAAAAGAAAGAAUUGCCAGAGCAGACUAAUCCACCGUCAAUUCCUGUUGCUGAACUUUUUCCAUCUGGGGAGUUUCCAGAGGGUGAAAUUCAGCAGUACAAGGAUGAUAAUUUAUGGAGGGUGACAUCUGAAGAGAAGAGGGAAUUGGAGCGCCUUCAGAAACCAAUGUAUAAUUCAGUUCGACGAGCAGCAGAGGUUCAUCGACAGGUUAGGAAGUACAUCAGGGAAAUUUUGAAACCCGGAAUGCUGAUGACUGACUUAUGUGAGACCUUAGAGAACACGGUUCGUAAGCUAAUAUCCGCAAAUGGCUUGCAAGCAGGGAUCGCUUUCCCUACAGGAUGCUCUUUGAAUUGGGUGGCUGCCCACUGGACUCCAAAUACAGGAGAUAAGACUGUGCUUCAGUAUGAUGAUGUGAUGAAGUUAGACUUUGGGACUCAUAUAGAUGGGCUUAUAGUUGACUGUGCAUUUACGGUGGCCUUUAAUCCCAUGUUUGAUCCUCUGCUUGAAGCCUCACGGGAAGCAACGAAUGCUGGUAUUAAGGAAUCUGGAAUAGACGUUCGUCUGUGUGACGUCGGUGCUGCAAUCCAAGAGGUCAUGGAGUCAUACGAAGUUGAAAUAAAUGGAAAGACUUUCCAAGUUAAGAGCAUCCGAAACUUAAACGGACAUAGCAUCAGGCCCUAUCAAAUCCAUGCUGGAAAAUCUGUACCCAUUGUGAAGGGAGGUGAGCAGACAAAGAUGGAAGAGGGCGAAUUUUUUGCAAUUGAGACUUUUGGUUCCACAGGAAAGGGAUAUGUAAGAGAAGACUUAGAGUGCAGCCACUACAUGAAAAAUUUUGAUGUUGGCCACAUACCGUUGAGGUUGCCCAGAGCAAAGCAACUGUUAGCAACAAUUAAUAAGAACUUCUCCACCUUAGCAUUUUGUAGACGUUAUUUAGAGCGGUUGGGUGAGACCAAAUAUCUCAUGGCAUUGAAGAACUUAUGUGAUGCUGGAAUUGUGCAGGUGAAAUUGAUUUAUUUCCUUUUUUUUUAUCAAGUUUUACAUGACAUGCCAUUGGGCCAACGUCUUACAUGCGCUUUGGCUAUACAAGGUGAUGCUCUGGUGUAUGAAUUUGGUAUUUUGUUCACAUGCAGCCUCUUCCACCUCUUUGUGACGCGAGGGGAAGCUAUAUUUCUCAGUUUGAGCAUACCAUUCUCCUCCGGCCAACUUGCAAGGAGGUCAUAUCCAGAGGCGAUGACUAUUGAUUUUCUGUAUGUAACAUGUCAGUGAAUACCAAGAAGAUAAAAAGAAUUACAUGUUAGCAAGAUACCGGUGGGCAUUUUCUUUUGACUUUUGGGUUUUGGAAUUUACGUUUAUUUCCGGCAUCUCUCGUCUGAAAAAGAUGCGAAAUGGUUCAAGACAUAAAUGACGAUUUUGCUUUUGGAGUUGCUUCAGAGUCGGUUCUGCUGAACCGUGGAGACAUUUCGCGAGGUAGGAGUGGUGGAAAUUUUGCUUA